AUGGACGACUCAACAUAUGGUAUAAUCAAGUUCCUGUUUCCACGUAUCCCGUCAUUUACCAAGACCGCCCUUGCGCACUCCCUAUGGCUUUCACCAACCUCCUCAAAAUGGGAUCUGAAGACCGAAAUGACCGUUGCCUUCUUACGUUCGCUCAUGAAUGGUGGCCCUUCGCCGAUUGGAAAGACUCAAGCUCAAACACUAAAGGAUCCUGGCGCCAAGGGCAAGGUCUGGACGGCCAGAGUUAACAUUCCGGUUCCUGAGGACGAAAGCAUCAGAGACGCAACCUUUACCGCUAUUGCAGACCUCGGAAAUGGCAACGAGACAUAUACGAAACCGAGGCUUGCUGCUAUUGAUGCGGAGUGGACAGGAUACAGACCUGGAGUCGGUGCCGACGAGCCUCAGCCAGACAUCUCGGAGCAGGAAAGGUAUGCACACCUUAUGAAGGAGCCUUCCAAAUCUAGCAAAACGACAGUCCUCUAUCUUCAUGGCGGAGCAUACUACAUGUGUGGUUUCGGAACACAUCGACCGCAAGUCUCAAAGCUAGCAAAGGCUUGCAAUGGAAGAGCGUUCAACGUCGGCUACCGUCUUGCACCACAGGCAGCUUUUCCUUCACAGUUGUUGGAUGCAUUCAACGCUUAUCUUUACUUGUUGUAUCCGCCUCCUGGGUCUCUGCAUGAACCAGUAUCAGCCAGCGAUAUUGUCUUUGCCGGCGACUCAGCAGGUGGAAACCUGGUCUUUGCACUCAUCCAGCUCUUGCUGCAACUUCACCGUACGAAGCCAUCGGACGCAAAGAACCCUACCGUCCGAUACCACGGCAAGACUGUCGAAGUACCUCUUCCUGCAGGAGCGUCGGCCAACUCGGGCUGGUUUGACAUCACCCGAUCAAUGCCUUCCCUUGUGCACAACGCAAAGUAUGACUAUCUCCCACCAGCAAACCACGAUGAUGCCCUGGGCCGGUUCCCAAAGGACGACGUCUGGCCAACUACACCACCAAGAGGCGACUUGUUCUGUGAUCUCAGCAUGAUGUGCCAUCCUCUCGUGUCCCCAGUCGCAGCCAAAGACUGGACCAACGCACCGCCGCUAUGGAUUGAGACUGGCGAAGAACUUCUCACAGACGAAGAUGAGAUCGUGGCGGCCAGGGCAGCCUCCCAAGGCGUCAAGGUCCAGUUCGAAAAGUACGAGGCCAUGCCCCACGUGUUUGCUAUGCUUUUGCCCACUCUCGCUACCAGCAAACGAUGCAUGGAAUCAUGGGGCACCUUCUGUCGGAAAUGUACAGAAGGCAGUGUGGAGACGAGCGGUACUUGGAUUGCAGUCAAGACAGGUCUUGAGAAACAGAUUGAUGUCACCAAGAUCACAGGACUGACUGUUGAGUAUGCCAUCGAGAGGAUGAGAGACGCUCAAAGAAGGCGGUUCGCCGGCUACGAGAAAGAGGGCAAAGCAAUGCCCAACCCAAGCUUGUGA